AAUAAAAAAUCAGUUGCUUCCCUUUUGUGCAGCGCCUUUCUUUUACGGAUCGCAUUUUCUCCUUCCAUUUUGUUCCCCUCUCUCCUCUCUCUCUGGUAAGGCCAAUCACUGUCUCUGACCCACCGUUUCAUACCAACAACCAAGCUUGUACCGGCGGACGGCGACGGCGACGGCGAGCCCUAGAAGAAGGAUAACGCGAACGUCCUCAAAUCGGAUUUCGGCUCCGGAAAAGGUCGGGAGGAUGUCGAUUACCGUUCUGAUUCCUCAUCGUCGAUCGGAGUUCCCGAUGAUGUUAGCGACGAUGAAAGCGUUUCGUCCACGGCUGGCGGAGAUGGCGAGGAGGUUCAAAGCAAAUUAAACGCAGGAAUCUGCUCUCUCGGAUCGUUGGAAGAGUCUCUUCCGAUAAAGAGAGGCUUAUCGAAUCACUUUUCCGGAAAAUCGAAGUCGUUUGCGAAUCUAGCAGAGGCAAAAUCAGUAAAAGAGAUUGAGAAACCGGAAAAUCCAUUCAAUAAGAGGAGGAGAGUUUUGAUUGCGUCGAAAUUGGCGAGGAGAUCUUCCUUCUACGCCUGGCCAAACCCUAAGUCGAUGCCUCUGUUAGCCCUAAGAGAAGAAGACGACGACGACGAAGAAGAGGAAGAAUCGCAUGCUCCAUAUUCCUCAGAAGAUAAUGAAGAUGAAGAUGAAAAAUCAAAAGGAAAAAGAGUUUCAGAUUUUCAUCACAGAAGAUUGAUGAGCUUUAAGUCGAGAAGCUUUUCUCUGGCGGAUCUGCAACAGCAGCACCAUGAUCCACAAGAAGAACAAUAAUUCACUGCGGUAGCCCUUUUUUUUUUUAAUUUUAAUUUUAUUUUCUCUUAAUAUGUACUGUACACACCUAUGUCCUAUCUUGUAUAAAUAAAAAGGUUUAUUCUUCUUUUCCAA